UCACCAACUCCCCUCGCGGCUCGCACUCGCAGACAGGAGAAGAAACAGAGGGGAGAGGCAUUCCGCUCCUCCUCCUCUCCUUUGCUCUGUUUCUCCUCCGAAGAACCCCCCACCACCCCGGCAUUAUGGAGCGCCUUCCUCUUUCUUCCUUCUUCUUCUUGUUCUUGCUUCUCUCUGUUCUCUCUCUUGCUGAGGGUGGUUCCAUCGGAGUGAACUACGGGCGGGUGGCCAACAACCUGCCGUCGGCAUCCAAGGUGGUGCAGCUCCUCAAGUCGCAGGGCAUCGAGAAGGUGAAGAUCUACGACGCCGACCCGGCCGUCCUCCACGCCUUCGCCGGCACCGGCAUCCGGCUCACCGUCGACCUCCCCAACGAGCUCCUCUUCGCCGCCGCCCGCAGCCUGUCCUACUCCCUCGUCUGGGUCCAGCGCAACGUCGCCGCCUACCACCCCGCCACCCAGAUCGAGGCCAUCGCCGUCGGCAACGAGGUCUUCGUCGACCCCGGCCACACCACCAAGUUCCUCGUCCCCGCCAUGAGGAACAUCCACACCGCCCUCGUCAAGUACAACCUCCACAACGCCAUCAAGAUCUCCUCCCCCAUCGCCCUCAGCGCCUUGCAGGCCUCGUACCCUUCCUCGGCCGGUUCGUUCCGGCCCGAGCUCAUCGAACCGGUGUUCAAGCCCAUGCUCGAGUUCCUCCGCCAGACCGGUUCCUACCUCAUGGUUAACGCCUACCCCUUCUUCGCCUACGAGUCCAACUCCGACGUCAUCUCCCAAAACUACGCCCUCUUCCGGGAGAACCCGGGCGUCGUGGACUCCGGCAAUGGGCUGCGCUACUUCAGCCUCUUCGACGCCCAGAUCGACGCCGUCUUCGCCGCCAUGAAGGCCCUCAAGUACGACGACAUCAAGAUGGUCGUCACCGAGACGGGCUGGCCCUCCCAGGGCGACGAGAACGAGGUCGGCGCGAGCAAGGACAAUGCCGCCGCCUACAACGGCAACCUCGUCCGCCGGAUCCUCACCGGCGGCGGCACCCCGCUGAGGCCGCAGGCCGACCUCACGGUCUACCUGUUCGCGCUCUUCAACGAGAACAAGAAGCCCGGCCCCUCGUCGGAGCAGAACUACGGCCUCUUCUACCCGAACGAGGAAAAGGUCUACGACAUACCCUUCACCGUGGAGGGGCUCAAGAACUACCACGACAGCGGGAAGUCGACCCCGGUCAGCGGCGGGCAGAGGACGGUGACGGCGCCGGCGAACGGCGGAGGGGGGGUGUCGAAGAGCUCGUCGGGCGCUAACACCUGGUGCGUGGCGAGCAGCGAGGCCGGGAAGGCGAAGCUGCAGGCGGCGCUGGACUUCGCGUGCGGGGAAGGAGGUGCGGACUGCCGCGCCAUCCAGCCGGGCUCCCCGUGCUACAACCCGAACACGGUGGAGGCGCACGCGUCGUACGCCUUCAACAGCUACUACCAGAAGAAGGGUCGGGCCUUCUGGACCUGCGACUUCGGCGGGGCCGCCUCCAUCGUAUCCCAGCCACCGAAGUUUGGGCAAUGCGAGUUCCCCACGGGAUACUGAAAAGCUGAAUGAUGGAUGGUCAUGAUGAGAGAUCAAGGGGGGCUAAGGGGGGGAUUGAAAUUAUUGUUUUUUAGCUUUUUCGGGGGUUGAAAUGUAGAAUUCUACAUUUUUUGGGUGGGUCCGUGUAGCUUUUGUAUUUAUUUAAAUCUUCCACUACCUGUAGCUUUGUCCAUAUUGAGAGAUUUGACAUUUAUGUUAUGUUUUC